GCAUCGUUCUGCGCAUCGCGUCACUUGCAGCCCCGGCUCGGCUUGCCAGCCCGUCCGCUCCUAUCAGUUACUUAGUUUACAAGCACAUCUGCUCGUAAUAACGUGUCAAUAUACAGCGUAAUGCAGGGAGAGUUAUUGUUGUGAGGAGUUUAAUUAAGAGUGCGUGUGUUAUAAAAUGUUGGUGUUGCUUAUAUCAUAAGUGCACGGGUGCUUCGUUAAUUAUAACUAGCAGGCAAAACGUUAAGAACACGAAUUUAAAGUGAAUUUGUUUUGUUAGGCUAAACGCUGUUAACAAGUUGUAUUUAAACAUAAAAUGCCAGGUACGCGGUGUACAGUGGCUGUGUGUACAAAUAGUUUGUAAAAACAAAAUCUUUACCUGAAACAAAUCAUAUAAAAUAUCAUCGAUUCCCAUGUGAUGAUCAUCUGUUGAAAGUGUGGGUUCAGAAAUGCCGACGUGAUGGUUCGGCCAUCAUGUGCUACGAAUGCAACAGCCAUAAUGACUCCCGGUGUGCGGACGAGAUGCUACCCGAAACCUUGAAGAGGGACUGUUCAGAUCACUCGAAGGGUGUUCAGUACACCAUGUGCCGCAAGAUAGUGCAAAACAUUGAUUUUGAAGUGAAUGGAAACCAGCCGGACAGCCGCGUGAUCCGGGGCUGCGGGUUCGACGAGUCCAGCUACAAGGGCCGGUGCUACCAGAGGUCCGGCUUCGGCGGCCGCCAGGAGGUGUGCUCCUGCCUCGAGGACUACUGCAACGGGGCCCCGCUCGGGCGGGUGCCGUCUCUCCUCCUCGGGACGGCCGCGUCCGUCGCGCUCGCCCGGGCCCUGUACUGAGCCCCCCCCCCCGUCCCGCUCACCCCCCUCCCCCCCCCCCCCAUCGGCAUGUUUCCCGUCAUCAUGUAGUACUUCGUAGCCCCAGGACUGUCUCUCGCUCGGGACACUCGUCAUCGCAGAUGUUUGCGUGUGGCGACGGUUUUCCGCUUUUUCCCGAGCUGUCUGCAUUUGAAAAUGUUUGUGCUAAAACUGAUGUAGGCUAAAUUUUUUUAAACUAAACAUUUAAUACACUCUUUUCCCGUACUUUUUUUUUUUUUUUAAAUUAUUAGUUUUUCACAGCAUUCCAGGCAACAAUAUCUCUAGUAUUAUAAUAUAAAUGUUCGUUAUUAAGAGACCAGUUAUAACAAGUAUUUUCUUACAUAGCAAAAUUUACCUAACUUAUGAGCUCUUGUAUUGUUUGCUAUGUACUGACUUAUUGUGAAAGUACUCAAACAAGGUAGACAUACAUUUUACUGUUUUUUUUUUUUGCUAAUGUAACAUAAUUGUAUUUGGGAUUUGGUGAGAGUAAUUUUGUGAAUGCGACAGAAAUGUGCAACAGGAAGUAGGUUGUGACAGGUGGAUGACACAAAACAAAGUUUACAAAGGUAAAGGGAUACAUUAUAGUAUUAACUGAUUAAUAAAUUUUAACAAGCUGGGCAGUAUUUUAUUGAAAUUCUUUGUCGAUAAUCAGGUCCAAAGCCGCAUUUUAGUAUUAUUUUUUUUCAAGUCUUUUUCGCUUUUAUUGGAGCAGUUUCAUAAUAGUUUAAAUUUUCCAUCUGCAAAUCGAAUGAUUUGACUGUAAAACCAGCUGCUCCGGCAUCAAAUUCUAGUGGUGGGUGCACAAACUACAUGUGAUUCGCGUCCAAAAAUGUAGUUGAAAACACAUCUUGCAUAUAUUUAUCACGCUCUGCAUUAUUUCAAAUAAUUCUACGUUAAGUAUUGUGUCAGAGGCCAGAGUUUCAUAUAAUAAGAGUAUUUGCAACAUGAGAACUCAUGACUUUGCUGUUACCGAGGUUAGAUGUUACACAUCUCUGGCAAGUUCUGAAAGACUCGCUCCCAUGUUUUUUUUUCAAGUAUGAACAAUAAUUUAUCUUUGCUUAUGUAUUCUGCAUAUAAGUGAUACCUCCAUUAAGUUGUUGACAGUGGUACCACAGUUAGUGGCUGGAGAUUUAAUACUUGCUUAGUAUAGGAGCUCAGACUCGCUUGAUAUAGGUGCUAUAUAUUCCCUGUCAUAGAAUUAUGUGUAUCUGACAUCUUAAUUUUAUGAUUGUAAAUACAUUGUUAAAAUUUGAUAUGUUGUUAGCCUUAAAGAUCUUGCAGCAUGAUUUUGUCAUGCCCUAAGUUGGUGCUAAUAAAUCAGCAUUGUAUUAUUUUUAAUUAAUUUUUAGUUCGACAUUGCAUCCCACAUGUAUUUUUUUGUAACUUUUUAACAGGAUAAAAUAUUUUCUUUGCAGAAACUAAUAAUAAUUCUGUAAAUAUAAAUGAAGGCAGAGUUAUUUUUUAUAUAUUGAGCACACUACUUAACAACUUUAUUGUACUAACUUUAUUUUGAGUAAUAAACAUUUUUUUUUCCAUUCAUGUGAGCUGCCAAGGCUCAUUUUCUAGUAGACUAUGAAAUUAAUUAAUAAAUAACUAAUCUUUUAGACUUGAUACAAAUAAGCCACAAUCUAGUCAUGAUUUUGUAAUAUUUUUAGUGUUUUGAGAUACAUUUUGCUUAGAAGCCUUUUCCAGAAAAUGAUUGUGCGCUGGUACAUGAAUGGUUAGAUUUAGUACAAUAAUAAAUGGCCAUUAAUUUUUUUAUGUGGCAAGUAUUGUUUGUGUGUUGUGUUGCUACAAUGUACAUUAAAAAACAUCAGUUGAAGUAAAAAGAGAAAAGUAUUAUAGUGAAUGUAAUAGAAAUUAAUCAUUAUGAAUGUAAAUUAAGUUAUAGAUAUUUUUUUAGGGGUGUCAUCUCAGUUUUUUUCAAUUCCAAUUUUCAAAACUUAUACAAAAAAAUUUUUCUCAAUAGUCAAUGUUAUUGUCUAAGUGAUAUAUUGUUGAAUUUAUCACUUAGGACUGUUAUUAGUAAGCAUGUUAACUUUAAAACUGUUGAAGACAUGAAAUAAAAUAUUUUUAAUGACUUCUGUAAAUAUAGAAAUAAUAAAAAUACUUUAAAUGAAAAAUUUCCAAGUACAUACAUAUUUGACACUGUACUCACAAAAGUUGUUAUUCAUAAACUCAAGCAUUUUAAAGUUUCCUGGAAGUAGUUGGAUUCUUCAGGUUUCUCAUGCUUAUCUCAAUUGUGUAAAAAUUACUAAACAGAUAAGUCAUGUGGUGCCACAUAAUGAUGAAGGAAUUAGACCAAGGUUUUUUAAAUGUCUACAAUGUAGUUGGUUUGAAUAUUUGUUAUGAGUGCACAUAAUAACUUUGAUUAUCAGCGAUACCUGUUAAUCUGUUUUUGUUUAAAAUAAGAGUUUUAAAUUGAUUUAUUACAAAAUACAUACCAUAGUCAGAGGUCUUUUUAAGUUUGGUACAUUUUUAAAUCUGGCACCAGUCAAGCUGCUUGCAUUUAGGUUUUUUUUUGUGUCAAUUAGGGGAUUGUUCAUGAUGCAACAUAAGACAAGAGCUCUUUUAAAAUAAAGUACCUAAUGACAAA